CACGCCGACGCGCCUCGAUCAAAUAAGAAAUGUUACUUAAUGUCUAAUCGAUUUAAAGGCAACUUCAAACUAAAUCUUGAGAAAGCGAAGGGGGUGCUUUGUGAAACCCUAUUGCUCGAGCUAACGGCAAAAGUGUUAUGUUGCAAGUGUUCAAGUGUUGGCAGAACUCCCAAAAAGUGAGGGUGUUGACGCCUUAGAUCUGAUGAGAAUCACGAAGUUGUGGGGAAAUAUACAUCAUACUCAGCAGUAAACAUAGAAUAUGGGUGUGAAGCUGAAGGGGAAAAGUUGAAUAUUUCACAUUCCAAGACGCCUUUAAGACUAAAUCUAAAAUGGCAUAUCACGCAUACCAAAGUGCUCAGUACAGCGCCCCGCCCGAUCAAAGUUUCCUGUGGAAUAUAUUUCAGAGAGUUGACAAAGACCACAGCGGUGCAAUCUCGGACACAGAGCUCCAGCAAGCCCUAUCAAACGGUACCUGGACGCCUUUUAAUCCUGUAACUAUUCGAUCUAUUAUAUCCAUGUUUGACAGAGACAACAAAGGCGGGGUGAAUUUCCAUGAGUUUGGGGGAGUGUGGAAGUAUAUCACGGACUGGCAGAACAUCUUCCACACCUACGACACGGACCACUCUGGCUUCAUCGGCAAGGAACAACUGAAACAGGCACUCACCUGCUUUGGUUACCGCCUGUCUGAUCACUUCUAUAACAUCCUGAUUCAGAAGUUUGACAGACAGACGAGGGGUCAGGUGGCCUUCGAUGACUUCAUUCAGUGUUGUACUGUGCUUCAGAGACUAACGGACAUGUUCAGACGGUAUGACACAGAUCAGGACGGCGUGAUCCAGGUCUCAUACGAGCAGUAUUUGUGUAUGAUGUUCAGUGUUGCUUAAUGAUCCAAAGGUUAGCUUCUACUCUCCGGGGGCAAAAGUCAAAACCCCUACACGUCGUCUUUUGCUGGUAAACAUAGCAUUGUGGGGCGGGUAUGUUGUUUUCAGAAAGCAGUCCAUGACAGAAGUUGACCAUAUUUCUCUACCCAGUUGACCACAUAACUGUAUUUCAUGAGUAAAAUGCAUACCAGAAGUGAAUGUGAUUUGUCACAGUGCUAAAGCACAGCUUGUUUUACUGUAAUUGUGUUCUGGUAGUGCAGCGUGUACAGAUUUGCACUGUGAAAGCAGUCUGUCAGUGCAGAGAGCACUUUUCAAAUAACUUUUAAUUUUGCCAUUUUUUGUGUUAACAAAUAUAUGUUAUUCGCUUUUAAAAGAACAUUCUCAAAUUCUGUUAAUUUUCUUUUGCCUUUCCUUCAGUACAUGUGGCUUAAACUGUACUUUGUCUAAAAAUAUUUUAUAACUAAGAUUUGAGAACUGUACAGAAAACUGAAUUGAAUUUACAAUUUUACAACAGACAGCAGGUGGCGCCUUUGGAUCACAUUUAGGAUUUAAGUUAUUAUUUGGAAAAACAGUCUGGUGCUGGCUAAGAAUCACUUAUUUAUUGCUCAGAAAGAUCAGAACUGCAUUCGAUUUAAUUGAAAUCCAUUUGUAAUUACAAAGCUCUUGCUUGAAAUCAUGUUGUUUUGCUGUUCUUUUUUUGCAUUAUGUAAUGCUAUGUGGUGAGUUGACUUUGCUGUUGCUGUUGCUGUUGUGUGAUACAUUCAGGCAGAAAUGAACUUCAAGGCCUCAUGUUCUGACCACAGUUGCUUCGAAGGGAAGGAGGUUUUCUAUAGCGUAAAGAAAACAGUCAUUAUCCUGUGCAGACGGCCUGAGAUAUGAGUGUAAUGUGGGAAGGUUAAAUAACUUGAACUUAGAGCCCCAAAUCUACAGCUCUUCAUUUCUAGCUGUGUAAAUGUGUUCAGUUCAGGUAGCAGUGCUGGUGUUAAAUACUGCCCUGCUGGCUGCUUCAUUGUGUGCAUUGAAUGACCACGAUCCUUUAAGAUUAAGAUUAGGAUCACUUUAUUGGCAAUUAAAGCAAAGUUACUGGAAUUAGUUUUCCUCAUAUCUUUUGUAGACAUGCACACACACACACACACACACACACACAUAUGUGCGUGCACACACACACGGACACACAUAUGGUCCCCCUACAUUCAUAGCCCUUCUACAUACAUGCACUGUAUCAUCAGAGAGGUCGGAGUGCAGGGUCAGCCACAGUGCAGUGCCCCUGGAGCAGAUGUGGGGUGUGGUACCAUGCAGUGGAGCAUUAUGGCAGUGUUGAUGGACACCGUAGAUGUAACUAGUUUCAGCCCACAACUGGAAUACACCCAACCUGCCAUGCUGGGAAUCAAACCAUCCACCUUCUGGUUGUCAGAUAGCCUUUCCUACAUAAUGACUUGAGCAUCACUUUUUAGGGCUGUCAUUUGUAGUGAGCUGGGUCUGGAUUGGGUCACCCAGGACUGCAGGUGAUAACCCCUGAGUGAUUAUGUCAUACAAAAUGGCACCAUACAGGGGUGUUCUGACCCAUUGAGACAGAAUUCUGCCGGUAAAGUGAUGGGUCACUGUCGAGAAAGGAACAGGCACGCUCUUUAGCCUGGGCCACUCCAUCCAGAUUAAAGAGUACGCCCUUGGUCUUGCUGUUUGGAAGUUUGCAGACUAAGUUUUCACACUGGUUAGAAAGGCCCAAGGGGUGGGGGGUGGUGAUUGGGAUUGGCAUGAGGAGGGGGGUGUGGUGUCUUGUUAGAUUAGAUAUUCACCGCCUGGUUUUGAUGCCCACCCCAGACAGACGGGCCCUGCCGGGCACAGAUCGCUCGGUCACAUGAUCUGCCGUGAUUGGCCGAGGAGACAGACGACAGCCAGCAGGCAGAGAAACCAGGCUGAGCAUCCACACUGCCCUUAGGGGCCUGUCUCUACACUGGAAGUGACAUCACCCAUGAGCUGCCACAUUCGCUCACAGGACAGGAAGUACAGCAAGGACCAUUAUAAAUCAGAAUUGUGCAUUUCUGUAGUGGGGUUGUCACCAGUAAUGCUGGAUGAACCCUGCUGUUAGUCACUGGGGUCUGGGCAUGGAGUGGAGAUAUGGACAGAUAUACGGAAUGAUGAGGGAGAUGGAGCAAGUUGUCAGGGUGACAAAGCAGGGUGCAAGGAGCACUCUGUAGGGACAGGUGAGGACAGGUGGUGCCAAAUAUGACAGGCCAGUUAGCGAUGCACACACGUGCGUACACAUAUGCACACACGCACUAGCGCACACCCACAGACACACACACUGGCACACUCUCACUCUUUCUCUGUCACACAUAUGCAAGCUCGCACGGACACACACAGACACUCUCUUAUAUACACGCUCUCUCUCUGUUUCUCAGCUGUUUCCCAGCACAAAGAGGCGUCUUAUUCCAUCUGUUGAUUCUUAUUGUGAGAAAAAAUGUCAAUUUCACGCCGGCCCAACUCCAAACACUGAGCCGAGCGAUCAGCACUGUGUCAUGUGCUGGUAAAUUUAGCCAGAGAGUGAAAGUGUAUUUAUGUUUGAUUCUCCACUUUGAGGGCUAGGCUGUCAUGGAGGUAUGAGCUGUGGGUUCU